AUGGCCUCUAGCUCGGGCUUGACGAGAAGAAGAGGUGGUGCUGGUCCUGCCGCCGGUCUGGAGAGUGAAGACGGAAGCCGUGUCAGCUCUCCCGCACCUGGCAACAAGCGCAACGAUGAGAACAGAGCCGGAGGCCUCGAGACAUCAUACGAGAGCGGAGAGAAUGGACACAAGAUUGCCUUUGACCCUCGCGACAUCAGCGAGAGUGCCGAGAGACUCAAGCAACCCAAGUUGACCCUAAUGGAGGAGAUUCUGCUCAUGGGUCUCAAGGAUAAGCAGGGCUACCUCUCUUUCUGGAACGACAACAUCUCGUAUGCUCUCAGAGGCUGUAUUGUUAUCGAAUUGGCUUUCCGCGGACGAAUCAGCAUGCAAAAAGAUUCCAACAGAAGACGCUUCCCUCUGGCCGACAGAGUCAUCGAGGUCAUUGACGACUCGCUGACGGGCGAGGUUCUGCUUGACGAGGCGCUCAAGAUGAUGAAGAGCAGCGAGAAGAUGAGCGUGAGCUCGUGGAUAGACCUUAUGAGUGGCGAGACAUGGAACCUCAUGAAAAUCGGUUACCAACUCAAGCAAGUCCGAGAGCGACUGGCCAAGGGCUUGGUCGACAAGGGCAUCUUGCGCACGGAAAAACGCAACUUCCUGCUAUUCGACAUGGCAACUCACCCCGUGGCCGAUGGUGGUGCAAAGGACGAGAUCCGCCGUCGUGUCCGCAACGUUCUGACCAACCGUACUGUUGUACUGCCACCCACGGAAUAUCUGCCCGAGAAUAUGGAGUUUAGAUAUUUGCGAACCAUCGCCAUGGUUUGCGGAGCAUACGCGGCCAACGUGCUGGAGAAUGCAUUGACAACCCUGCAACACGAGGCACGCGAGAGGGCAUUCGCACAGGUGGACGAGCUGCUGGCCGAAUACUCACAAUACCCCUUUGCCCGAAGGACAGGAGGACCUGGCACGAUUGGAGCCAAUCUCGGACAGGUGGUUAUGGAUGAGGUCAACAACGCAAAAGACAAGGAGCUGCAACUUGAGGUAUGUUUGUCAAUGAAGAAGAGGACGAUAUGCUGA